AUAAGAUAUGUGACCAGAUCAGUGACGCUGUGCUGGACGCUCACCUGAAGCAGGACGCGGACGCCAAAGUGGCUUGUGAGACGGUGUGUAAGACCGGCAUGGUGUUGCUGUGUGGGGAGAUCACGUCCCGAGCCCACGUGGACUACCAGAAGGUGGUGAGAGAAACCAUCCGAGACAUCGGAUACGACAACUCAAACAAAGGUUUUGAUUAUAAAACCUGUAACGUGCUGGUGGCCCUGGAGGAGCAGUCCCCCGACAUCGCACAGGGAGUCCACAUUGACCGUCUGGAGGACGACAUCGGAGCUGGAGACCAGGGUCUGAUGUUCGGAUACGCCACAGAUGAGACGGAGGAGUGCAUGCCCCUGACCGUCGUCCUCGCCCACAAGCUCAACGCCAAGAUGGCCGAACUGAGACGUAACGGGACCGUCCCCUGGCUCCGCCCCGACUCCAAGACACAGGUGACGGUCCACUACACCCAGGAGCACGGCGCAGUGAUCCCCACCAGAGUCCACACCGUGGUGAUCUCAGUGCAGCAUGACGACAACGUGAGUCUGGAGGAGCAGAAGAAGGUCCUGAAGGAGAAGGUCAUCAAGGCCGUGGUCCCCGCGAGGUACCUGGACGAGAACACCGUGUACCACGUGCAGCCCAGUGGACGCUUUGUGAUCGGCGGACCCCAGGGCGAUGCUGGAGUGACGGGCAGGAAGAUCAUCGUGGACACGUACGGAGGUUGGGGGGCCCACGGCGGGGGGGCUUUCUCUGGGAAGGACUACACCAAGGUGGACCGCUCGGCAGCCUACGCUGCCCGCUGGGUGGCAAAGUCUCUGGUCAAGGCCCAACUGUGCCGGAGGGUGCUAGUGCAGGUGGCGUAUGCGAUCGGAGUCGCCCACCCGCUCUCCAUCUCCCUCUUCACCUAUGGCUCCUCUCAGCUGAGCGAGAAGGAGCUGCUGCAGAUCGUCAACAAAAACUUCGACCUCAGACCCGGCGUCAUCGUCAGAGACCUGGACCUGAAGAGACCAAUCUACCAGAAGACGGCCUGCUACGGACACUUUGGCAGGAAGGAGUUCCCCUGGGAGGUCCCAAAGAACCUCAACUUCUAGAGUAUCUGUGUGUGUCUGAGAGUGUGUGUGUGUGUGUGUGUGUGUGU